CUUCCUUGCAUCGUUUUGGCCAACCAGCGGUCUUCUGUCCCUUUGACGAUACUUACGAGGUGUCAUGAUGGACGGCACGACGACGACAACAACAGCCGCAACAACAACAACAACAGCAGCGACAGCAUCAAGUCAUGCACAGCCCGGCCAGCAGACCUCUGUCGAUGCUCAACAAUUUGCUGCAUUACAACAAGCCGCAAUGUACCCGCAGUACGCCAACAUGCUCCUGGGACACAUGACAAACCAAAUAACGAACCCCACCCCUCUUGCCAACAACCAAGUCCUAGCCGCCAUGGCCAUGAAUGCCGCUGCUGUCGCCGCAGCCGCAGCCGCAUCCCAACCUACAGGCGACGAGCCCCUCUACGUUAAUGCAAAACAGUACCAUCGUAUCCUGAAACGAAGGGAAGCGAGAGCGAAAUUGGAGGCUAUGAAUAAAGGGCGAAAAGAAAAGGGAUAUAUUCACGAAUCCCGACACCGACACGCCAUGCGUCGACCUCGAGGUCCCGGCGGCCGCUUCCUAAGCGCCUCCGAACUCGCUGCAUUAAAAGAUAAGGAAGAUACACCCCCACCUUCCACGCCUCCUACUCCUGCUCCUACGCAACAACAACAACAACAACAACAACAACAUGUAUCGAGACCGCAAGUAUCACUCCAGCCGCAGAAAAUGAUACAUUUGGCGUCUGUUCAGCAGCGGUUGGCUGCGAUGCAGAGUCAACAGGUUCAGUUGCAAUUGUCGCAGUUGCAGCAGCAGCAAUUGCAAGCGCAGCAACCACAGCAGCAACAGCAAACCCGAGUUUAAAAGGCAAAACUAGCCUUGUGUUUUAUGUUUUUUUUUUUUGAUUUAGAGAUUUCUUUUUUCUGUGCUUGUGUGUGUUUGUGUUUUUUUUCUUUGUAAUAUAUUUUGAUUUUCUUUUCUUAUGCCG